UUGGGCUUCUUGUUGCAGCCGAAUUUGACUCGUUUAAUGGACAAAGAGGGCCUAUACUGCAUAUUUCGUAUGUUUUUAAAAAUACCGGGAUCCUGGUAUUGAAAAAUACCCUAAAAAGGGCACGAUUCCGGUAUUGAAAGCCCUAAUCCUGAUAUAAUCGGAUACCUAUACUGAAAUUGCACCCGGACCCGGGUAUGUCCUAAAACUGCGUCCAACGUCACCGUAUGAUUGUCAGAGACAUUCCAUACGGUGGGGUAUAGUCAGCUUCAAAAAGAUCUAGGUAUUGUAAGCUGCGAACGAACUUAGAAUUAUUUUGUUAUGGGCCCUGAAUCGGUGUCCAAAUAUUUUAAGUGCGUUUUUGCAACUGACCAAGAGUUAUAGAGCUAUCUCCAGUUAUAAAUGUAUCUCUAUCUGAGUAGUUGGAGCUAGCUCUUAUUGGUUAUAAGUUUGGUAAACUGACUAAGGUUUGGAAUAAUCGUAAGUAUUGGAAAAUCCUAGAUUGUUGAACGAAGGAGAUUAAGUAUCUAGUUUUUAAAAUUGGUAAUACUUUGCUCAAUCAUUCUAAGUCUUGUAGUUUUCUAAUGGUGAGUAUUUAUAUUUAGGCUAAACCUACCUUUAGGUCAAAGGUAAGUGGAAUUGUCGGAAACGCUAUUUUGAUCAGUCCGAACUUGAACGUCUUUAAGAAAGAAAACAUGACUUCAAGAUUUGACUGACACUAGUCAUUUAUUUAAUAAAGCACGUCUUUAGAUAAAUUUCCUAAAAAUAAUUUGAAUUUUUCAACUAUUCACCAGGUGAACAACGUCAACAACUUGCUGUAUCUUCUGGCCCCAACCCCGAAAAAGCUUCGCCGAAUGGUUCUGUUGUGACCCAGAAUAAUCAAUCCAUUUGCACUGAUAUAAUCAUGCUACGUGGAUUCAUUGAGAUUGACAGGAUUGCUGCUUGCGUCAAUCUUUCUAAGAAUAUUGUGAAUAUAAGCAGGGAUUUGUAUAAAAAGGCACUCGAGAGCAAACAAUUAGAAGCCAACACAAAUGAGGCCGUCGCAUCGGCGUGCUUAUACAUAGCCGCGCGCCAAGAAAAAUCUGCGCUUUCAUUCAAAAACGUCGUACACGCCAGCAAAUGCGGCAAGAGAGCAUUACGCAAAUGUUUCGUACGCAUCGUGAAAAUUUUCAAUAUUCACCUGGAACCUGAUAUAUAUACGGACCCGUUUGUGAAUAGUCUGUGCAAUGAUUUGGAUUUGCCAUAUUACGUUCUGCGGAUGACGCAUCACAUCGUCCAGGAAGCUCAGGAGAAGAAAAUUGUGUCUCAAUGCGAUCGUCAGGCAGUUAUUGCUGCGGCCAUUUUUAUGGCUUCUCAGGUGUCAUACGAUAAGCGAUCCCAGAAAGACGUCGAGAACAUCUCUGGCUUGGCGAGCGAGGCCAUCUGGGAAGCAUAUAGGCUCAUGCAUCCUCAUGCAUCUGACCUUAUCCCCAUUAACUUUGAGCUGUCAGCGCCCAUUCAGUCUCUGCCUAAAAUUUAGAUGGUACCUACACCACAGGUUAACAUUACAGUAUAAGAGUUUAUUCUUUUGUUUGAAGGAACAUUUAAUUUGUAACCAUGUGAGAUAGGUAAAUAAGGAUAGAAUAAUAAAAUGUACGUAUUUAUAAGUAUCUGUUAUUGCCACAUGUGAUGUAUUGAGACAAUUGUUACUGGAUGACCUAACUGUAUACAUGUGUAAGAAAAUUAAAUUAAGUUAAAUAAAUAGUUUGCUCUAUAAUUCUAAGUCUUGUGGUUUUCCAUGGUGAGUAUUAGUUUGCCAAAAGUUUUCUUUAGGACAACUUUGAGUCUCAGAGGGUAGGUAAGUAGAACUGUCGAAAGAAAUACACUACUUAUAGAUCGUGCCAUUCACGACGACGCGUGCCUUGACUAGUAUUUUCAUGUUAUUAAAGGUUAGAUUUGAUUAAUCUGCGCGUCAUCGUGAUGACACGAACUAUACUUAUUUGAUUUGACAGUCAGAUCAUGAACAACUUUAAGAAAGACAAAAUGGACUUCAAGGUUUGACUCACAAGUUGUUUAUUGAUUUACCCUCUGGCCGUCUUUGGCGCUUGGCUUUUGGCUACAGCCUAAUUAUCAACCUUCGUGCAUUCUGAUAAGGUCCACGAAGACGUGCGAAACGAUAGGCCUGUCGUUCAAAGGGUAAAAAAAACACACCUUUACAUGAAUUUUCCUAAAAUAUUUUAAUUUUUUUUACUAUCCACCAGGUGAACAACUUACUAUAGCUCCUGGCUGCAACCUAGAAAAUGCUACGCAGAAUGCUCCUGCUGUUACCCAGGAGAAAGAAUCCAUUAGCACCGACAUAGACAUGAUACAUGGAUUUAUUUAGAUUGAAAGGAUGGCUGAAUGCGUCAAACUUCCCAAGAGCAUUGUGGAUAAGUCCUGGGACUUGUAUAAACAGGUA